UUGGUGAACGCAGAGGAGGAAACGAAAGAAUGUUUUCGUUUACAAAGAGUGGCUGUGCUUUGUUGGUGGUGUUUUUUAUGUUUCGUGGAAGUUCCGAGACAGUAGAAGAAUUUUCAUUGCUUUAUUUGAAACAGUUGGGCUACGAUUCAUUUUAUGUUGGUUUGAUGCCUCUGUUUGGUCUAUUUACACAGUUGACUGGUGUUCCUGUUUGUGCAUAUUUAUCUGAUAAAUUUCGAAUCCGCAAAUUUGCUUUGAUUCUGGCUGUUUUUACCAGCAAUAUUGAUGUAUAUGAUUCCUCUAGCGACAGGUUUACCGUGUGAACUAUCAACACAGAUAGACGAUAGGUUAAAUUUUCCAAGCCAAACCUUGACGAAAUUUAUAAACAAAUCAGUUACACGUGAGAGAAUUACAAAGUAGAAUGUUCAGCAAUUUGACCGUCAAUAAUUUGCCUGCUGGAAAUAAAACUUAUGUGUUCGAAGACAAAAGUGGAAAGAAAUAUGAUAGCCAGAAAAUUUUAUAUUUUCUGUUACUCUGUACGGUGAAUGGAAUGUUUGAGCUUUGUAGAAGGCUGACAGUUGGAUUAGUUAUUGUCGCUGCAAUAACUCAUUUAAAAGACAAAAAAUCAAAAUUUACAUUGUACGAAGGAAGUGGUGCAGCAGGAACUGGAAUUACUCUUUGUGUUGUCUCAUUUAUUGCUGGGCACUUUAAAUAUACGAGAUGCGGUGUAGAAAUACCAAGUUUUUUUGUUGCAUUUCCAGUAGCGGCCGCUCAGCAGUGUUUCACUUUGCUGGGCGUACUUUGGUUGAAGUUUGAUUACCAAGACAAAGAUGACAAUGUAAAUUAUAAAACAGCAAUAUUGACAUUAUUGAAACCGCACUACAUCUUUAUUUUGUGUAUUGGAUUACACGUGGGUGCAUGCAAUGGGUUCAUAACACGUUGGCAGUACUGGUACAUGGACAAAUUCGGUGGAAGUACGACUGUCAUGGGUGUUGAGGGAUUAUUAAAGCAGUUAGUCCUUGCAACGUUUUGGUGUGUGGUCACUGUUCAUGUCCUCAACACCUUGGGGGAAUAUGCUACAAUGGCCGUUUCUUUAUUCCUUUUCGCAAUUUCGUUUGCACUACUUGCCUUGAUCAAAAAUCUUUGGCUCGUUAUUCUUAUUGAUAACUUUGAACUAGCUGCUUAUAUAUUUUUUUAUUCAGCAGUUGUUCUCUAUUUUUCAAACGCAGGGUCGGAAGCAUUGUCGGUUUACAUUCAAGGUGUUGUAACUCUUGUUAUCAAUGGCGUUGGAAAAGACGUUGGCUCAAUUUUGACUGGAUAUUUUUUUAAAGCAUGUGGCAUCAGGACAACUCUUUAUGGAUAUUCAGUCAUCUCUCUCAUUUUGCUGACAGUCUUUGCAUUGUUCGCUCUCACACAGAACAAUGCGCAAGACUACAAAAGCUAGAAGCAGAAGAUAGAAUUAAAGAUGUUCGGAGUAGAGAUAAGCCUCAAAAGUGAAUGAAGCCACCAUGUGGAGUGUUAAAGUCCUGCUAAAGUUUCAAUAUGCAAAUCUAGGAGCGGUUUUAUUCUUUUUAUCUCUUUGUUGCAUGACGUAGAUCACAUGAAAUGCUUUGUUUUAAUUUAUUCUAUCAAAGCAUGUAUUGAGUUUCUAAGAAGUUUUAAAAGUUAUUUUGAAUGGAAAACAAACUUCAAGUGUCUUCUAUUUACAGCAAUUUUCUCCAGAAAUUUAGAUUUUCCACUAUAAUGUCUUUUGCUUAAAUCGUGUAUAAUUAUAGACUUAAAUAAUUUGAUCCACAAACAUAUGUUUUCACAAACAGAAUACUGACGGUAUAUAAUUAAGAAAAUUGCACAAA